AAAGACCCGAUUCACUGCGAAACCGCGGACACGAGAGGAGCUGUGCGCUAUUACGCGUGGUUAACCUCUCCAAAACGGCACCAGAGCGCAUUCGGAUUGUCUACUGCGCAUAAGAAGCACACGAGGCCGUUUAUCGCUUGUACUUAGACAUUUAUGGAGCUAUAAAAAUCCAACGAGGGACGAGCCAUUGAGAAAACUGCAGGAUCCCAUGAAUGAGCGGCUCGGAUCUCCUUUCGCAGCUCAAAUCACUUCUAGCGCGGACUAUUUUUGCUCAACACAACGAAUAACAUUGACUCUUCAGUUUUACGCAUUGUAUUUUUAAUAUUUUGCGUCGGGCCCUUGUCUCGUUGCAUUGCUUCAGUGUCUGACGCGAUCGCAGCGCAGACGCCGAUCUUCUAUGAAUCAUUUUUAACCCAAAACGUCCCGGAUUCAAGACGCAUUUACGCAGAAUCCAACAGUGGCUCGCGAUUUCUUUCUCAGCUGGAUUUUUGUAACGUAUUUUUGGACAUUUGUACCAGAUUACGUUUGUUGCUGGACUUCAGUGUUUUGUUUAUGAAUCAGUUUCCAGUCGUAUAAUAUUGCAGUCGCUGUUUCUUUUCGUUCUUGAGAAGACCCACUCGCUCGCGCGUUCUUCACCAUGUUGGACAAGCUGCGGCCCGCGGGUCAGAUCGAGUCCUCGGUCGCACACGGGCGGACGGUCGCGUGGCUCCGGGAGCAGAUGGACUCCCGUCGCGAGGGCCUGCUGCUCAUGGACUGCAGGGCGCAAGAACUGUACGAGUCCUCUCACGUCCAGAGCGCGAUCAACGUGGCCAUUCCCAGUCUCAUGCUCAGGCGGCUGAAGAAGGGAAACCUGCCCGUGCGCGCGCUGCUCUCCAACGGGGAGGACCGGGAGAAGUUCGUGCGCCGGUGCAAAACGGACACGAUCGUUCUGUAUGACGAGUACAGCCGCGAGUUUAACGAGAACACGGACGGUGGCUCGGUACUCGGGCUGCUGCUGAAGAGAAUGAAAGAUGAAGGAUAUAAGGCGUUUUAUCUCGAAGGAGGCUUCAGUAAGUUCCACGCAGAGUACCCCUCCCUGUGCGAGACGAACUUGGAAGGCUGCCCUCCCUGUGGCUCUCCCCCGGCUCCCGUCCUGGGGCUCUGUGGGCUCCGGAUCAGCUCGGACUCUUCGGACAUCGAGUCUGACAUAGACCCCAGCAGCGCCACAGACAGAGAAUCCACAGACUGCAGUCCCUUAUCCAACCCUCCCUCGUCAUUCCCGGUGGAGAUCCUGCCUCACCUCUACCUGGGCUGUGCCAAAGACGCCACAAACCUGGACGUUCUCGAGGAGCACGGCAUCAAAUACAUCUUGAACGUGACGCCCAACUUGCCCAACCUGUUUGAGAACGCCGGCCAGUUCAAGUACAAGCAGAUCCCCAUCUCCGACCACUGGAGCCAAAACCUGUCCCAGUUCUUCCCCGAGGCCAUCAGCUUCAUCGACGAAGCUCGUGGUCAGAAGUGCGGCGUCCUCGUUCACUGUUUGGCCGGGAUCAGCCGCUCGGUCACCGUCACUGUGGCGUACCUGAUGCAGAAGCUCCACCUCUCCAUGAACGACGCCUACGACAUCGUCAAAACCAAAAAGUCCAACAUUUCGCCCAAUUUUAACUUCAUGGGACAGCUCCUGGACUUUGAACGCACGCUCGGAGUAAACAGCCCGUGCGACAACCGGAUAGCGACGGCCAAUCAGCAGCUGUAUUUCACCACGCCGACCAAUCACAACGUCUUCCAGCUCGACCCCAUCCAGUCCACGUGAAACCCGAACCGGAAAUUUUGAAAUUCGCUGAAAAUCUGCAGAAAUGUUCACUUUUUGAGUCGUCUGUUGUAACGGCAAAUUUGUCGGCAAUUUGGGGCGGAGUUUAGUUUGAAAGCCACCACUCGGUUUUCACGAAACUAAACGUAAGAAUUUGGAGAAGUUGCUACACGGACAUUUUGAGACAUUGUUGGGGCGUGCCAAAGACAUGCGGACGUUAAAUCUCAAAAAUCUAUUUCUGGACUUUGAAAUUUUGGGGUGAAAUUCCUCCAAAAUCAGACUCAUGUCUUCCGUGAAGACUUGCCUCAGCUUUACUUUAGCACCAAUGAACUUUUUACCUUAAGUGGAGUGUUUUAAUCAUUUAUACAUUGUCUAUAAAUCAUAUUAUUAGACAUUUACGCCUUUGGGGACUUUAUAUUAUUAUCUGUGACGAUCAGUAUGUUCAGAUUAUUAUGCCAAAAAUCAAAUAGGCUUUCCAUAAUGCGGUGCAAUGCGGAACUUUUCUGAUGGACGGUGCGCUUCCCUGAUACUUAACACGAAAUAUUGCUUUGCCUGGAAUGUUCCACAGUAUGGCAUUAAACGUCUGUAACUACAUGGACCUCGCUCAAAGCAAGGAUUUUUCACGCUUUUUUUCUAGCAAUAAAAGCAAGAUAGACUGGUUUUAUGUCAUACUGCGGAACAUUCCAGACAAAACAAUAACCGUGCAUACCCCUUACCGGAAAAGUUACACAGUGCACCUUUAUAAUUGUGUAUUCUGUACUAUUAUGUAAUAUAUUUGCUUUAUAUGGACCUUGGUCUAUUUGGCAUUGGUUCUUUCUUCUUUCACAAAUCAUGUCAGAAAAGCCUUAAUUGUAAACUCAGAAAUUUCACACCAAAUAUUCAGAGAUUAUUUGAACUUUUGAAAACCUAAUUUGAGGUCUUUGGUGCGGAUUUCUGGGUUUGAAGUUUUGGAUGCGUGGAUGACAAAAGCCUUUCAGGGAUUAUGUCUGAUUUUUUGGGAGAUUUUGAAAAAGAAAGAUUUUGGAUGGGUUUUAUACGGGCGUCCCCUCACUCUCCUGAAUGUAAAAAGAUGAUAACUUAUUAAUAAAUUGCUAUUUUGACUACAUA